AUGAAUGACAAUGCGGAACGUGCUCUCAGACGUUCUGAGAGACACGAUGGAACCAUCGCCGAGUUGGGCUUAUAUGGAUGUAACGUCUCUGAGAUAUCUCUGUGGAAUUGGGGGAUGGCAAGGCACAUUAGAAGGAGCUGGAUGAAGUGGACAACUCUGGUAAGCAGGGCUGAUAAAGACGAUCGCGUGUUGUGGGAAAGCGUAGUAAACAAUUAUGAUGAGGAGAAAUUGAACCAGUGCUUUCUGGUUUCCCCAACCAAACGUAAUGAAGUUAAAUUUUUUGGUGAUCUCUGGUUCAUAACGGCAAGAAAUUUUAUUGUACAAUUGAUUUUAGCAUUUUUGUUGAUCAGGGUUGUUCAUCAAGCCCUUCGGGGAGUUCCAUUCCUGUUUGCUCUGGCAGAGGACUCCUCUGAAUUACCUGUUUACAAUAAUGGAACAGAUGAGUUCAACACAUUAACUUUUAUGUUUUCUUUUUCUGGAUUCAGUCCGGUUUAUGUGAAUAAAAUGUCGACACCGUUUCUCCAUUCUUUAUUUAUGGGCACUCACAACGAGAAGGGGGUAAUGAUUGCACCAUAUAUGCGUCCUAGCUUUCCUUCGGAGACUUACCCAAAUCAUUGGACUUUAGCUACUGGAAAACGCCCCGGCCAGCAUGGCGUUGUUUCUAAUCACUUUUGGGAUUCGAAACUGCACUUAGAAUUUGUUGGUGGUGCGCAGAGUGCGGAAUCGAAUGAAAUAUUUUGGGAGAACUCUGAUCCUAUUUGGUAUGUUGCACAGAGAGAAUUGGCUGCUGAGGACUUUAAAUCUGCAGUCGAUUUUUUAGUAGGGUCAGAAGCACAGUUGAGUGCAAAACAUACCGAGGAUCAGAAGAGAAUUCCAUAUUACUCAUAUGAAUAUGCAUCAGAUACUACAAUUGAAGAUAGGUUCUCAAGGAUUUUGGAGCUUUUGGAUAAGCCGUUUGGAGACAGACCUGGUCUCAUAAUGACCUACAUUCCUGAGGUAGGGAAUUUCACUUAUGAUAAUGGUGAUGCUUGGGAUAAUAUCGAGUUCCACAAGAUUUUGCAGAGGCUUGAUGACCAUGUGGCGCUAUUCUUUGAAGAGUUACAUAACAGGAACUUGACUGAUUUUGCUAAUGUGGUUAUAGUCAGUGAUCAUGGAAUGGCCGAGUUAAACGAAUCACAAGAUGUUCAUUUUUGGGAGGAUAUAUUGACGAGCGAUGAAUUGAACCUAUUCAGUCGCUUAGAUGGGUCCGUGAAUAUUGCCCUGUCGUUGCACGAUGAUAACCCAGAGCCUGAGGAUUUGGAACAUGCUUAUUUAUUGUUGAAGGAGAAAUUUGUCGACUUACCAUUUGAUGUUUACUUACGAGAAGACAUUCCUGAGGAGUAUGAAUUACAAGGUCAUUACAACCACAGACUUGCUCCGUUGUGGAUAUUGGCACACUUAGGCAAGGUUGUAACUUUUAAGAAUGGCGUGCAGCGUGGUGAUACAUUUGGUAGAUACGGUUAUAAUAAUUCAGAAGCAGCAAUGAGAGCUGUAUUUUUUGGUGUUGGUCCAAAGUUUGGUGUAGAAGGAGGUACACAGUUUAUUAAACCAUUUGACAAUACAGAAGUAUUCCAAUUAGUUUGCGAUCUUAUUGGAUUGAAAGAUCCAGGUAUCACAGAUGCAAUCUGGCCUUGGCCCUUCAGUAAAAUGACAAGAACCGAAUGGCAACAAUUGGCAUUACCAGAAGAUUGGGCGGAGGAAAAUGAAUUCAGCGCAUCGAGCUUCCCUGGGUGUACUUAUAACGAAUUAUGGAACAGCCUACAUGGUGUUACAAAACAUCAAUACGAAGGUAGUGAAGGCAAAGAGUUAGGAUUUGAUGAUAAAGAUAUAGAUACCGAAACUGUUGGCGAAGUCCUAGGGCCUGAAGAGAUUAGUAGGCGUUUAUCAAGGUUUAGACUUUCCAGCACAUUAUCACGGGCUCCUACAUACAAGCCUACAACCCUUGUGAAAGUUGGUGUUACAAGGCCUCCUGUACGUCCUACACGUGCCUCACGUCCCGUACGUAUUAUUGAACCGAUUAACCCCAUUGAUCCCAUUGAUUCUAUUGAUCCUAUGGACCCUGUGGACCCCAUGGACCCUAUGUAUCCUGUGGAUCCUAUGGACCCUAUGGACCCUAUGUAUCCUGUGGAUCCUAUGGACCCUAUGUAUCCUGUCGACCCUAUGGACCCUAUGUAUCCGGUGGACCCUAUGGACCCUAUUGACCCUACGUAUCCUGUGGACCCUGGAGACCCUAUUGAUCCUAUUUGUCCUUCUCAACCCACACGUCCUGCUAAACCUGCACGUCCUGCUAAACCUGCACGUCCUGCUAAAUCUACACGUCCUGCUAAGCCUGUACGUCCUGCUAAAACUGCACGUCCUGUUCGUCCCGGUCGUCCUAGCCGACUUGUUCGACCUGGUCAACCUGCUCGACCUGGUUACGUGGGUCGUACCGGUCGUGGGAAUCGUGUCCGUUGUUCUACUAUUAUUCCUAAACCUGCCAGCCCUCCGAUCACUACCAGUCCCCCUAGCACAUCCAGUCGCAUUGGCAUCGGCAUUUUGAAGCCUGGAGGAUUUUUUCACUGGUACGAAAAGUUAUUAGGCGAUAAUAAAUUGGUGUUUACCGAUGCUGCAGACGAUGCUAAAAUGCACAUGCAUACAUGCAUGCCAAAACAUUAG